AAGAUCGCCCGUGCAACUCUCUUCACCGCUAUCACAAGGCACAUCGCCAAAGACAUGAUCCUCAUCGUAGACGGGAUGAAUUACAUCAAGGAUUUCAGGUAUCAACUGUAUUGCAAGGCCCGAGAGGUUGGAGUAAGGGUCGCUACGUAGGUCUACGUACUUGCCACGCCUGAUCAAUGUCGGAAAUGGAACGAUGAACCAGGAGAUGGCAAGGAAUAUAAACCUCAAACCCUCGAUACCCUCAUCCAACGUUUUGAAGAGCCCUCAUUCAUGGUCCGCUGGGACGCUCCACUCUUUACCAUCCCCUGGGAUGACCCAACACGCCCACUCGAAUGCAUAUAAGAUGCAGUCACAACUGGCAUCGUCAAACCUCCAAACGUCGGCACCCAGAUCACGCCAAAAGCACACACAGACGCCCUCCGCACUCUGGAGCAUACGACAAACGCACUGGUUUCUGCAUUCAUGGCUGCUCAGGCUGCCGGCCCACUCGGGGGACCUAUCGGCCUCACCAUCGAUACGCUUGAGCCUAGUUCGAAUACCAGUGCCAAUGAUAGUUCUGUUCUUCGUGUUCGCUUAACAUUCCCACAUCGUGCACUGACGUUAUCAGAGCUGCAACGGCUCAAGCGCCAAUUCGUGGCUGCGCGCCGGAAAGCUGUGACAUUGGGAAGCACGGAAAAAGGGAGCGUAGAUUGGGGAGAGGAGGGUGUGGGACGUGCGUUUGCAGAGUUCUUGGAGGAGGGGUUGGGUAUUGCGAGGUGACUUGCAUGUUGAGCAUCCCAAACAAGAGGGUUUUAGAAUCCCGGGAGUAAUAUAAUACAGGGCUUGUAAUAUGUGGUACGCGCAUCCAAGAUCAAAUGAUUAACUCAGGUGAACACGAUCUCUCAUACAGUCUCACUUUCUCGUAGAAUUUUUAUAGAUGAAUACCAGCAUUUACCUUCACGAGGAAGUCUUCUCCUUG